AUGAUUCAGUUCUGUGGAGAUCUCGAGGUCUACUUUCGCCACCUCCACCUAAAGGAAUAUUUCCAAUACACCAAUGACUAUUCGUUACCUUAUACGCCGCAGACCAACAAGUGCAAAGACGAACACUCGGAAUACUUUGAUGAAAACGUAAAUAAGUGUUGCAGCAAGUGCCGUCCAGGUUUCCAUAUGCUUCACAGCUGCAAUAGCAGUACCGACACACAAUGUGAACCUUGCCCAAAUAACAUGUACACGGCGAUCUGGAACAAAGCUCGACGCUGCUUGGGAUGCUCGUCACCCUGCGGAGCUGGACUAGUGCAGACUCAAGAAUGCACCCGGACGCAGGACCGAAUCUGUAGCUGCUCAGCCAACUCCUACUGUGCUUCAGGUUUGAAACCCUCUCAAGGGCGCUGCCUGUUCUGUAGAGCACACAAAACAUGUGCUAAAGGCUAUGGAGUUUCCAAACCAGGGACAGACAGCACGAAUACCGAGUGUUCUCCAUGUCCCCCUGGCACUUUUUCAGAUGUGGAAUCCUCAACUGCUCCCUGCAAACCACACAGAGUCUGUCAGUCGGUGUCUGUUCAAGGAAACGCCACAGGGGACACGAUCUGCAUGGACUUAGAGGUGUAUGUCCCUGUCAUAGUAACAUCUCCUCCUGCCACCGCACCCAGCACUAGCCAGCUUCCUGCACAAAGCAUUACCUCUAGCAUUCAAGAAAUAAGAACCAAUCCUGUUGGGAGUAGCUUUUCAGCUGUGUCUGAGACCAUUGGUAUAAUUGCAGGAGUCACAUUUCUCGUACUCAUUGUAUUGGCAGUGGUUGCCUGUUUUAUUCUUUCUAGAAGAAAAGCUGCAGAUUUGAAGCAGCCUGACAAGAAGCAACGAGAUACAGGAGCACAGAUCUCCGGCGGUCCUCAUCAGGAGCAUCAGCUUCUCUUAGAAACUCCUGGGUCAAGCAGCAGUUCUUUGGACAAUGCAGCUGCAAGAAUGAAUGGUAUAAGUGUGGUAAACACGGAAAAGAAAGAAACAGAGAGGACUCAGCAGAGAUGUAUAAUCUCAGAAGGCUGCAGUCAUCACAAUGGAGCCAGACCCAACUCUGCAAGCUCAGAACACUCUGCUAAUGGAGGAACGCAGGUGAAUGUUACUUGUAUUGUUAAUGUGUGUAAUUCAAAUCACAACCCACAAUUUCCAGAGCAGAUGACUUCAACCACCACGGAUUAUGAAAAUGUUCCCUGCUGCACUCCAACAGAGGAAGAAAUUCCCCUUUCUAAAGAAGAAAACCCCUUGAAAAGAGAAUCAGAGAUUCAAAUCUCAGUGGAAGCUGCAGAUAGUUUACCUCCAAACUUACUGUUUUCAGAAGGAAAGCUAUUUCCUCUGAGUGUUCAAGAUGUGGGGAUGAAAACUAUCUGAAGAAGAUGACAGAUCAGAUAUUGACUGAUAAGCUUGGAUCUACUAAAAUAAACCAUCUGUUAAGAAUAGCAUUCUUAUAGGGACUUGAAAUCUCUGAUGUGUAGAUAUGGAGAGAUGCAGAGCCUUUUAAAAACAUUUUAGCCCACUGAUGUGUAACAGCUUGAAAAGCUGAAGGAGGACCUUUGCAAAGCCAAUGUUAUUUUUGUAAAGCUUUCUUUUUCUUUUUCAAUUUAGUAGUUUGUUUAUUGUCAUAUGCAAAUUUGCUUCUGUCAUGCCUUACCAUGUGGCUUGAUUCUGGUCUAGAGAGAUCUCCUCUUCAGCGAAAAGGAAGUGUAUUCAGUCUUCUUGCUUGUUCGUUCAUACUGUCUACUGAGUCUGCCUCCAGGAUGUCACUUAAGGAUAAUGAUGGGAUUUUUUUUGAUUCAGACAUUCCAUCGACUAAAAACUGGACUAAGACAAGUAUUCCAUGAGAAAUGAGUUGAUGACUUGCCUUCUAAGGCUGUUGAUUUAGUCAUGUUUUUUAUGGCCUCAAAUGAUACCAUUUCACAUCUGAUCUACUCACCUUUCAAAAUAUGCACUUUUUAGAAAGGAUUAUAUGCUUUAGAUCUUCUGUCCUUGAUAUUUUUGCUGCUGUUUCUCUCUCUCUCAUACUAUGAAAACAUAUCUGUUCUCUAAGAUUGAUGUGGCUUGGAGGGUAAAAUCUUCUAUGUGAGUUUUUAUAGAUGACAACCAUUUUAUCCAACAAGAGUAAAAAUGCACUUAUUUUUGUAACAACUGUACAUAUUUUUUAAAAAAAUGUAUAUUAAGUAGAACUUGUUACACUGAAGUAGGUAACUGUCAAUUUAGAGCUGUCAUUGUUCCAUGGUUGAUUUAAGGCUGUUAGCUGAUUCUGAUCUCCUUUCUUGAGUCCUGUCCGAGAACUGUAGGUAUGUCUACACUGCAGAGUUAAUUCAAAAUAACAGCUGUUAUUUCAAAUUAACUUUAAUAGUGUCUAUACCUGUAAACCGCUAUUUCAAAAUAAAUUCGAAAUAGCAG